AUGGACAGUUGGAAGGCACCUGGCAAGGAUGGGCUUCAAGCCAUCUUCUACCAGAGUCAGUGGAAUAAAGUCGGCACUGAUGUCUGUGAGCUGACUAAGAAUUUCUUUAAAGACCCGAGCAAGAUCAGAGAGGUGGUUACUAAGAUUAUCGCAAACCAGUUGAGAAACGUGAUGGACAAAUUAGUUAUGCCUAAUCAGUGCAGUUUUGUUCCUGGUAGGCACAGCUCCGAUAAUAUUAUCAUCAGUCAAGAGGAGACUCUUAUAGAUAUUGGUCUUCCCCAGAACUUUGUUAAUCUGAUCAUCUCUUGUAUCUCGACCGCCGGGAUGAGGAUCCUUUGGAAUAGGGAGGAACUGGAAGAAUUUACACCUUCCAGAGAGGCCAAUCUUGAACAAGCAAAUGUCAUUAAUAAAUGUCUCGAGGCUUUCUGUGAUAGCUUGGGUCAGAGCAUCAGUAAAGAGAAAACCAGGGUCUUCUUCUCAAAGAAUUUGGGCCACACAGUACGAUUAGAGUUGAGCAAUGCUUUGCAGUUUGUUAGAACUGAUGACCUAGGCAAAUAUUUAGGCGUUCCAAUUCUCCAUUCCAAAGUAUCCAAACAUACCUUUGAGGGCAUUAUCAACAAGCUUCAUGCCAGGCUCAAUUCUUGGAAAGCUUCAUCCUUGUCCCUUGCGGGAAGAGUGACUCUGGUGAAAUCUUUUCUCUCAUCUAUGCCAUUAUAUAAUAUGCAAUCUGCUGUUUUACCUUCCGCUACUUGUAAUACUAUUGACCGUAUCUGCAAGAAUUUUCUCUGGGGGAACACAGAACAAACCAAGAAAAUACAUCUUCCUAGUUGGAAGAAAGUCUGUGAACCUAAAAGCUGCGGAGGUCUAGAUAUUAGACAUGCAAGCCAAAUGAAUCAAGCUUUCAUGAUGAAGGCGGGAUGGGGACUUAUUGAAAGAAAGGAGGCUCUUUGGGCUAGAGUACUCAGAUCAAAAUAUGGCAGCGGCACGGAUAUCAUCCCCAAGGUGAAAAGGAGACGGAAUAGCUCAAAUCUUUGGAAGGGCAGUUUAAGUGCGACGGCAAACCAGUGGGAUGUUAGGAAGCUUCAAGAGAUGCAACCGGAGGAUAUUGUCAACAGGAUCGUAGGUAUCUCUCCACCUUCCCCGUGGAAGGAAGCUGACUACAUAGCUUGGGGAUUUUCCUCAGAUGGUCAAUUCAGUAUCAAGUCAGCGUAUCAGAACCUCAUGGAGACCCAAGUUACUCCCUAA